CCCCAGAAGUCCUCGCGCUCACUCUUCUCCCUCCCCUCUCGGUGUCGGAGUGCUGUUUUUGUUGUUGGUGAAAGGUGAGGGAACAGCUGAUCCGUCUGUGGGGAGGGCACAUAUCUUAAGGGAAGAAUGGAAGAAUCAUCCAUAAGCCGGGCACCAUCUCGGUGUGGAGUCAGCUUUCUAAAUGUGGCCCGGACCUACAUCCCCAACACCAAGGUGGAGUGUCACUACACCCUUCCCCCAGGCACCGUGCCCAGUGCCAGUGACUGGAUUGGCAUCUUCAAGGUGGAGGCUGCCUGUGUUCGGGAUUAUCACACAUUUGUGUGGUCUUCGGUGCCUGAGAGUGCAGCUGAUGGUUCCCCUGUCCAUGCUAGUGUCCAGUUCCAAGCCAGCUACCUGCCCAAGCCGGGAGCCCAGCUCUACCAGUUUCGAUACGUGAAUCGCCAGGGCCGGGUAUGUGGGCAGAGCCCCCCUUUCCAGUUCCGAGAGCCAAGGCCCAUGGAUGAACUGGUGACUCUCGAGGAGACUGAUGGUGGCUCUGACAUCCUGCUGGUUGUCCCCAAGGCAACUGUGCUUCAGAACCAGCUGGAUGAGAGCCAGCAAGAGAGGAAUGAUCUGAUGCAGCUGAAACUACAGCUGGAGGGGCAGGUCACGGAGCUGAGGAGCCGAGUACAGGAGCUUGAAGCAGCUCUGGCAACUGCCAGGCAGGAGCACGCAGAGCUGACAGAGCAAUAUAAGGGGCUUUCCCGGUCCCAUGGGGAACUCACAGAAGAGAGGGACAUCUUGAAUCGGCAACAAGGAGACCAUGUGGCACAUAUCCUGGAACUGGAAGAUGAUAUCCAGACCAUCAGUGAGAAAGUGCUGACAAAGGAGGUUGAGCUGGACAGGGUUAGAGACACAGUGAAGGCCCUGACUCGGGAACAAGAGAAGCUCCUUGGGCAGCUCAAGGAAAUGCAAGCAGACAAGGAGCAAAGUGAGGCUGAACUCCAAAUGGCACAACAGGAGAAUCGUCGCUUGAAUUUGGAGCUGCAAGAGGCCAAGGGCCUGCAGGAGGAGCAGGGUGCACAGACCCAGCGCCUGAAAGACAAGCUGGCUCAGAUGAAGGACACUCUCAGCCAGGCCCAGCAGCGGCUGGCUGAGCUGGAGCCCCUGAAGGAGCAGCUUCGAGGGGCCCAGGAGCUUGCAGCCUCAAGCCAGCAGAAAGCUGCCCUUCUUGGGGAGGAAUUGGCCAGCGCAGCAGGAGCCAGGGACCGCACCAUAGCUGAGCUACACCGCAGCCGCCUGGAAGUGGCGGGAGUCAAUGGCAGGCUGGCUGAGCUCAGUCUGCAUUUGAAGGAGGAAAAAAGCCAGUGGAGCAAGGAGCGGACAGGGAUGCUGCAGAGUAUUGAGGCAGAGAAGGACAAAAUCCUGAAGCUGAGUGCAGAGAUACUUCGGCUGGAAAAGGCAGUUCAGGAGGAGAGGACCCAGAAUCAAGUGCUCAAGACUGAGCUGGCCCAGGAAAAGGAUUCCAGCCUGGUGCAGUUGUCAGAGAGUAAGCGAGAGCUGACAGAGCUGAGGUCAGCCUUGCGUGUGCUCCAGAAGGAAAAGGAGCAGUUGCAGGAGGAGAAGCAGGAACUGCUAGAGUACAUGAGAAAGCUGGAGGCCCGCCUUGAGAAGGUGGCAGAUGAGAAGUGGAAUGAGGACGCUGCCACAGAGGAUGAGGAGGCAGCUACAGGGCUGAGCUGCCCAGCAGCUCUGACAGACUCAGAGGAUGAGUCCCCAGAAGACAUGAGGCUCCCACCCUAUGGCCUAUGUGAGCGUGGAGACCCAGGCUCUUCUCCUGCUGGGCCACGAGAGACUUCUCCCCUAGUCGUCAUCAGCCAGCCAGCUCCUAUCGCUCCCCACCUCUCAGGGCCAACUGAGGACAGUAGCUCUGACUCGGAGGCUGAAGAUGAGAAGUCAGUCCUGAUGGCAGCAGUGCAGAGUGGGGGUGAAGAGGCCAACCUGCUGCUUCCUGAACUGGGCAGUGCCUUCUAUGACAUGGCCAGUGGCUUUGCAGUGGGUCCCUUAUCAGAGGCUGGCACUGGGGGCCCUGCCACACCCCCAUGGAAGGAGUGCCCUAUUUGUAAGGAGCGCUUCCCAGCUGAGAGUGAUAAGGAUGCCCUGGAGGACCACAUGGAUGGACACUUCUUCUUCAGCACCCAGGACCCCUUCACCUUUGAGUGAUGUUACCUCUCCCUAGUACAAGCACAAACACACACUUACACACAUGUACACACUCACACAGACACAUUUAGGUCCCAUGCCUCUUUUCCAACACAGUGUGCUCCAUGAUGUUCUGUUCCCUAGGAACCACUCCUGUGUGCCGUUUUUAUCCCAAGCUCUCCCACCUCAUCCUCUCCAGCCCAGCUCUUUUGUCCAGGCAGGGGUCCUUCAUGGAAGCAGUGGCUGAAUUUACCCCCUGAAAGCGGUUUUGGAGUAACCAGGAUAGAGGAGGCCUUCCCCAGGGGGAAUAGAAUCGGCCCCUCCUAGCCCCGGUCGCUUCUGUCACUCCCACCAGCCACCACACGGACCACCCCCACUGCAUGCACACACACACACAUGCAGUCUCUGGCGCCCCAAAGCCAGUCCCUGGGGCGCCUUACCUUCUCUUAUUUGGGGUCUGCAUUUGUUCUCUGAGUUGCCUCUGGGGUCUGCAUUGAGGCAGCAGCAUGGGCAUCAUGACCUCUUCAGGUCUCUCAGUUCUGAGUUUCAGUGGUUUCUCUUAUUGCCAACCCCCCCAUUGCCUUCCGCAUCCCACCCCAGCCUUUUUCCAUAACAUUAGAUAAGUUUGGAGGUUUCUUUUGUAUUUUUGAGGUUUUCUGUACUGUCUCCAGCCCCUCCCUGCCAUCACCCUUCAGUGUCCUCACAUGGAAAGAAACAAUGCAUUGUGCCUUCUGUGAGGGGUGGGGGAACAAAUGGCCCUGGGUUCCCCAUUUCCAAGCCCUUCCUCCCUCUCCAGGUUUCCCCACAGCAAUAAGAGCGUUCCCCCAGUAUCCCUUCCCCACCUGUAGUUUGGACAAAUAUAUUUAUAUGGUAUGUACAACUCUUCUAAUAAAAUGUGUUCUUAUCAUGAGGUGUGACUAGAGCAAAAAACACCCAGACAUCUGGCUCUUAGACCUUGGUGGGGGGGCAAGGCAGGGAGGGGACUCCAAGUGACUUUAUCCCAUAUGCCUCCUGCUGUGCUGGUCACCAGUGGGAAGAGAAAGGAGGAACCUUUGUCUCAGGUGGAGGUCUGGCUUGGGGAACACUGCAGUGGGGGAGGGAGAAAACUAUAGGUCAGUGUCUUGGGGUUUAGUCUCCGUGGGACUCGGUAAAGGGCCAAAGCAAUGCCUUAGAAGGCAAGGGAGGGUUCCGCCACUCAGACCUUCACCCUCUGCAGCAGCCAUCACUACGCUGGGCCAAAGGGUAGGCGUUCCUCCUGUCAAGAGUGCACUCCUUUGAGUAUCCGCUUCAUAAAAAAUUCCCUAAACCCCAUACCUCUGAAGAUUAUUUGAUACUCUUCCCAUCUCUGCCUCCCUCUGUUCCUCUGUUGCUGUCCCCACACACCCUUGCAUGCACUCUGACUCCACAGUCAUGAAAACACAUCCAUCCACUCUAACCAGCUUCACAGGCUAGACAGACACAGCAUCAUAAAGCAUUUAUUAAGGACCUGCGUGCUCACCAAGGCUCUCAGAAGUUCCCAGUACCAGCCAUGUCCACAGCCCCCUUGUUCCCCAUCUCAGUGGCUCCCUUACCAUCCACCCUUCAUUUCCUUCAGGGCCCCUGGGUGGGCCACCGCCACCCCGCCAUUCCCCCUCUAUGCACCUGAAACCCCCUGUCCCCCCCCCCGCUUCCAGCCCCACCUGGAUGACAUCUUACAUCCUUCCUUCUUCCCUCACAUUGCUGUCUCCUAGCAACCCCAUCUCAUUCCCUGAAUCCCUUCCAAGGAAAUUAGAGAUAAUGGAUCUCUCCUCUCUCCAUCUCAACUCCUCUUUAUCGAUCCUCCUUUAAUGAAAGUUAAUUAUAACAAUGAUUUAAUUAAUAGAAUCCCUCUCUUCCUUUAUUGCUUCCCGUAUUAAGACUAUUAAUAAAUACGAGCUGGGCUGACAGAGGCAUCCAUCACCUGCCUGGGAUUCCCCCAUCCCUCCUUUUCCCCUCCCUCACACCCCCUCCCACUCGUGGCCUAUAAACUUACUGGGGUAGUGGGGGUUAAUCAGAGAGGAAUUAUGAGCCAACAUCCCCAGCAGGAGGUGCGUUUAAUGAAAUCACUUGUGAUUUAUGUCUGGGAGAGGAUAGGGAGGGAAGAAUCUGGAACCCAGAUAUCCUGGCUUCCAGAAAGGUGGCUCCCUAGUGCAAAAGAGGAGGAAGAUGGAAACAGGAACCCAGGGCCCCUUCUCCCAUCCCACAGCCCCUGCCAAGGCACGCACAUCCACAGGAGCCACAUGGGUAGCUGCACAAGGCCACUGACACAGAGGCUGCCAAACUAAAAGCACUCAGAAGACUGCAGGCUAGGUUUCAUUCUUUCCCACCUCCAAAACUCGGCAUGGAUCAUCCUCACCCCACUUCUUUCUCCCCAGCCCAGUUCUGCUCCUAAACCUGCUCCCCCUGCUCCCUUCCUCCACAAAGCCCCCCCUCAGUUCCUCAUCAGAUCCCUCCACCCAGAUAUUUAGAACCCCAGCUGCUCCUUUCUCUCUCCAUUGUAAGCCUCCUGAUGUGCAGUCUGCACCUUCAGGCUAGGUGUUGCCCAGAAGUUUGGAGCCAUUUCUCUUGCCUACCCCAGAACCCAGACUGGCCUCUGACACACACAGCUCAGGGAAGGGUAACUGACUGCAUGGGCAGGGAGGGAGGAUACCUGGGUUCCAGUCUGAGUUCUUGUUCCUGCUUGCUGUGUGGUGUUUGGCAACUCAGCCUUUCUACUCGUUUCCCUUCUGUAAUACAUCAUCUUUCCCCUGCUUCCCAGCAUCCAGGCAGAAACUGAUGGAACUGCAUGGGCUUGAGAGCCUGGUGUGAGAGGAAAAGUCAGACCAAGAAACAGCAAAAAGGACUGUGGGUGUCAAUAUUUGGUGGGCGAUGAGUGAAUCCAAACAUCAUUCCCCUCUUACAGAACCUCAGUGGCUGCCUGUCACCUGUGGGAAUGUGAAGUACACACUGUUGAGUGUGCCAGUUGGUCUGCACUAUCUGGUCCCACUUUCCAUUUCCCAUCCUGUCCUGAGGAACCCUGGACUCCAGUUUUACAGAACACAUUCCACAGAAAUAGGCGCUACUCUGGCAUGCCUCUGAACAUGUGCUUUCCCCUCAGCUCAAAGGACACCUCCUCCAUGAAGCCCUACUUCUUUCAGUUAUCCUCUUGAAAUACCACAUAGAGCAUUUUGUAAAAACACACUACAUCAUGUUUACAAGUUACAAAGUUUCCCAUGAGUCACAACAUGGGGGCUAAGCAAUAAAGAAUGAGUAAUUGUAAGCCAAGCAUGUGCAGGCAGAAGGAACAAAAUGUGCAAAGACAUAACUUGCUGAGAAGUCUAAACACUCAAGUAGGGCUGCAGGUAAGGAUCAUACACGGUGUGUGAAGUGAGACUGGAAAGAUGGACUACCAGACAUUUACUCACAUGUUCACUCGAUAAAUAUUCACUGAGUGCUCCCUAUGGGUCAGGCACAGUUCUGGGCACUGGGAAACAAAUAGUAAUGCCUGCCCAUGUGGAGCUUACACCCCAUGGGCAGACCACAAACUUCCAGAGAAACCAGUUCGGACCCCACUGCAAUAACCCCAGGAAAAAAUGGUGAGCACUAAACUUAAGCUGUGUCCAAAGAAAAAGAGGCAGAAUUCUUUAGGAGGCAGAAUUAAUGGGACUUGGUGAUAAGUAGAUGUGAGAAGUGAACAAAAGGAGUCAAGCUGACUCCAGUUUUCUGGUUUCAAUGACCAGAGAUAACCAGUGAGGCCAUUCAUCAAAUGAAUAAUACAAAUGGAGAAAUACAGCAGAAAGAUGAUUGGUAUAACUUUGUCUUGUUGAAUUCUCAAUGUCUUUGGGAUCUUCCAAAGGAGAGAGAGAUCCAGUAGGCAGUUAGACAGAUAUUUUAAGUCUAGAGCACAAGAGAGUUUGGAACUGGAAAUAGAGACUUAAGAUCCUUGAAAGUGAAGGUGAUAAGAGUGAAGCAAGAUUACCUAUGUCAAUCCCAUGUAGAGUAAGAGGGUAAGAGGGCCAAGGGCAGCCCUCAGGAGACCAUCAGCGUGCAAAGGAGGUAUGGAGAAUGCAGAGUCUUGGCCAGAGAGGUAGGAAGGAAUUCAGGACAGAUGAGUCAAGGAGAGAGAUUAGCAGCAGCAUGUGUGGCAGAGAGGCCAAGGAAAUGACUCCUGGAAAUCACUGCAUUAGCAGGCGGGAGGUACCUGGUGGCUCAGCAAGAAGCUUAAAGGGGUAAGCUUAGAAGUAUUGUAGGCGAAAGUUAUUGUGCAGCUGGACUUCACAGAGCCUGAGACAGAAACACAAUUCUGACCUGUGGAAUUAGGAAUAUGGUUCCAGACUCAUGUAAAAACAAGGACUUCUAAUUUAACGUGUAAGAAAAACCAAGGGUGGCCCUAGCCAGAUACCUGAGUUAGUUCGUUGGUUAGAGUAUCAACCCAAUACAUAAGGUUGUAGUUUAAUCCCUGGUUAGGGCACAUAAAAGAAUCAACCAAUAAAUGCAUAAAUAAGUGGAACAACAAAUCUCUCUCUCACUCUCACUCUUUCCACCUUCUCUAAAGCCAAUAAAGUCUUUAAAGGUGUGGAACAAAUAAAAACUAUGAAAAA